UGUUUUCCAUCAAAACAAACGGGCCCUUGUAGCUGGUGGCGCCGGUUAAAAUUUCCUUAUCCAUCAGAACCGGGAUUCUGGCUUCUGGGUAAGAAAGGGUCAGAAGGAGAGGGAGAAAGAGAGAGGAGAGAGAUCAAAAUGGCAUCACCAGCAGCUUUGCUUCCUUGCUUAUCCUCCUACCUAAAUAUGCAUAUGCAGGUAACAAACAAGAAGAGUCUGGGCUUGGCCUCUUCCACACGAAGAACCAAUUCUCUUCCUACCAUCACUCGCUCAAGUCUCGCCGACAAUGCUCGCCUCCUUGAAGCAGCUGCCAAGCACACAGUGGAUACAUACGUCAGAAGUGGCAUGGUGGUUGGCUUAGGAUCUGGCCUUGCUUCUGGUAUGGCAAUACAAUAUUUGGGUCGACAACUUCGGGCUGGUGCCAUACAAGAUAUAAUAGGGAUACCCACAUCUGUUGGUAGUGCGAGUGAAGCAGCAAAGGCAGGAAUUCCAUUGGAUAGCUACCAAGAUUGUCCACAAAUUAAUUUUACGUUUAGUGAUGCUGAUAUUAUAGAAGAAGGAACACUUGUGGCAGUCAUUGGACGUGGAAGAACUCAAGCAGAGGAGUCUAUAAUUCAAGAGAAAACUAUUCUUGAAGCAGCUGAGAAGCUAGUGUUCAUUGUCACUGAAAAACAGUACAAAGGUGAUCUAGAUGGUUCAGUUCCAGUUUUAAUUAAUUGUUUUAACUGGAUGGAAGCUGCUGAAGAGAUUGAUGACCUUUUCCUUGGUGAUGCUGAGGUAUGGAGGAGAUCAUCAGUAGGGCAUGCAGGUCCACUAGGAGGAGAGUUCCCACUAGUAACUAAAGAAGGGCACAGUGUUCUUGAUGUUAUUUUCACAUCUCCAAUACUAAACCUUGCUGAUGUCGCUGAGAGUCUUGAUAAAGUUGAUGGGGUUGUAGCCCAUGGAGUCAUCUCCAGAAUCCCAUGCACAGCAGUAAUUGCUUCGGAAAAUGGGGUGUGCGUCGUCGACAAUUCACCAAAGGAUGCGCUCAAGAACGUUUAAUCUCAACAGUAUCACUAUAAACCUCCUUUUUUAUGUUACUCUACAGUCUACAUAAUCAUUCUGGUAAAAAGUAGUAUGCGGAAAUUCAAAGUAUUUUAGGAUUAAAAAGAAAAAAAAAAGAAAAAGCAAUUUAAUAACUAAUUGUUCAGUGAGAGUAUCAUCAGGUCCUGAUUUAAUUCAUUUUUGCUGUACCAUGACCUUAAAAAAUAAUUUUAAUAAUAUUUCCCCUUAUCAUAUUUCAGAAUUAUAUGUGAUAAUUCACUUUGACGCCUUUUUAAUUGAAUCGAAGUGCUCAAAUCUGUAUGGUGUUUGGAAGAUUAAUAUAGUGUAUAUGGCAUUAUCAUGAUUUGAACACAUACUUGAGC